ACGCUGCAGUGAGCGCGUCGAUUCGCUCAAAUCCGUGUCGGUACGAUAUACACAACGCAGCUUCAAUAAAAGUUCUGCUCGCGGUAUUUUAUUUUGACAGUAAAUAAUAAUAGACGUGCGAGUGUUUUAUUUUUUCAUUUGGUUGUGAUACACGACGCGAUAAUUGGAUUAUCCACGUGGAAGAACAAAACAGGUGUCUUAAAAUAAUUUUACGUUUACGAGAGAGCGACAGACAGAGAAAGCAACGUCCCGUUACUCGUGCUCGCCUGUGUGAAACGGGCCACUCCUGCGUGUCGGCACGUUUCUGGCCAACGAAGAGCCUCGGUCGACUUCGGUAACAGGCCCGAAGCUAAGACGACCCAGAUGCGUGCCUUUACGAUCAAUCUGUAAGACUGCGUCCUAAUGGACUUUUAUGAGAUGAGGAAUAUAUUUUCUGCUUCCACACGCGAGGAGUGACGAGUCACUAGAUGAAGCAACACGCAUAAUAUUCAGAAGGUUGAAAAAAAACGAAUAGUAAAAAACACAAAAUGGUUUGGCGCGUCCAGACGCUCGCAUUGGCAACGACUUUGAUGACACUCGUCAUUCUCGUUUCGGGACAUCUCGAAGGACCAAAUGUUUGUGUUCGACAAGAAACAUAUACAGUACACGUCAACAUUUCGGAACAAAAACCAUACCGUAUACGAGAAAACACUUGGUGUUUUAGCUUUCCACCAAGAUGUUCGACUUAUCGGAUGAGUUUCAAAACCGUGUACAGGACGCAGACACUCACGAAACAACGACCGGUCGAUGAAUGUUGUAAAGGCUACGGUGCGACUGCAGACGGCAACAGGUGCGUGCCGAUUUGUUCGGAAGACUGUCGUCACGGUACGUGCGUAGCUCCUGAUGAGUGCAAAUGUGAAACCGGAUACGGAGGGCCAUCCUGCGACGUCAAAUGUCCUCUCGGGAAAUGGGGUCGCGCAUGCAGAAAGGAUUGCAAGUGUAAAAACGGAGCGACAUGCGACCCGUUUAACGGCGAAUGCAGGUGCACGAAGGGCUGGCAGGGGGAGAGUUGCGACGUGAAGUGUGAGCCGGAUCGUUACGGGCAGGAUUGCGGGGAGGUGUGUCGUUGCAGCAACGGUGGAAGCUGUCACCACAUUUCGGGGGAGUGUCACUGCGCCCCAGGUUAUACCGGGCCGCUGUGCGACGAUCUUUGUCCCGAGGGUAAGCACGGUGACGAGUGUAAGACGGAGUGUAGUUGUCAAAACGGUGGUUCGUGUUCGCCAACGACGGGCGAGUGUUAUUGCACGGCGGGUUGGAUCGGUAGAGUUUGUGCAAAUCGUUGUCCCGAGGGUUAUUGGGGGGAUGAUUGUAUCGAAGAGUGCAAUUGUUACAACGGUGCGAGCUGCCAUCACGUGACAGGUGAGUGCAUUUGCAAGCCGGGCUACCACGGGAAGCAGUGUUUCUACAGCUGUCCGGAGGGGAAAUUCGGUCUUAACUGUACGAGCAAUUGUACCUGUCAAAACGGAGGCACGUGCUCGCCGACGGACGGUAGUUGUUUUUGUGGCGCUGGAUGGACCGGGGAAAAAUGCGAAGAACGCGCCUGUCCGGACGGCCUUUACGGAGUUGGUUGUUCCAAGGUUUGCGAGUGCCACAAAAACAACACCGACCUCUGUCAUCCCGCGACCGGAGUAUGCGUCUGUGCUGUUGGAUGGGACGGCUCGACCUGUUCACGGCCCUGUUCUUACACCUACUACGGAAAAGGUUGCGAGAAUCGUUGCAACUGUAAAAACGAUGCUCAGUGCUCACCCAUCGACGGUAGUUGCAUUUGCACUGCUGGCUUUCGCGGCGACGAUUGCUCCGAGGUUUGCCCUCCGAAUACCUACGGCGAAGACUGCGCUCAAAAAUGUUCCUGCAAAAAUGGGGCUACUUGCUCCCCCCAAAACGGAUGGUGCAACUGUACUGCAGGCUGGAAUGGCGUUCUUUGCGAUCGUCCAUGCGCCGACAAAUAUUUUGGCAAGGACUGCGAAGGGAAGUGUCAAUGCUUGAAUAAUGCAGCCUGCAAUCCUCAAAAUGGCACAUGCACGUGUGCGGCUGGUUUUACUGGGAAACACUGCGAGGAUCGUUGCAAAAAGGGAUACUUUGGACACGAGUGUACGCAAGCCUGUGAUUGCCACGAGGAUAACACUGUCGAUUGCGAUCCUGCCACCGGACGAUGCAUCUGCAAGCCCGAAUGGCGAGGAAUACGGUGCGAAACUCAGUGUCCCGUCGGUCUGUACGGCGACGACUGUCACUCCCAAUGCAACUGCAUGAACAAUAGUUCCUGUGAUCCGGAUACCGGAAGCUGCGUGUGCUCCAGAGGCUGGGAAGGUCCAGACUGUUCACAGCCUUGUAAACACGGCUGGUACGGUGUGAACUGUAAAGAAAAAUGUCCAGAGAAAGUUCACGGUAACAUGACCUGUGACCACGUGACUGGGAAAUACGUUUGUCGUCCUGGCUAUCUCGGUCUCACGUGCGAACAUCCCUGCUCACCCGAUCGCUGGGGACUGCACUGUGCGAAUCGCUGCGACUGCAAAAAUGACGGAGAGUGUCACCACGUCACCGGCACUUGUCAGUGUCGUCCAGGUUGGCAAGGCGAACGAUGCCAAACGCCCUGCCCUCAAGGCACAUUCGGUGUCAACUGUACUCAACACUGCAAAUGCCAAAACGGAGGACAGUGCCGAUCCAACGACGGGCAUUGCAGAUGUGCACCCGGGUGGACUGGCACGCGAUGUACCGAAAUUUGUCCGGAAGGCUAUUACGGUGACCAGUGCAUGGAACCGUGCGAAUGCAAAAACGAUUUCUUCAGUUGUCAUCCGGCGGAAGGUUGCAUUUGCAGACACGGUUACACAGGCCCGAAUUGCGACGUGGAGCGUUUGUCGCAGAUAACACAAAAGGCAGAAACGGGCUACGGCAGCGUAGUCGCCGGAAUAUUUGCAGCUAUUAUAGUUAUUGCCAUAACUCUCGCUGCGUGGAUGUAUCAUCGACGAAGAGUCGCCAAUUUGAAAAUGGAAAUCGCUCAAGUUCAAUACAUCGCCGAACCCGUGACCACUCCAGAUCGCAAUCAAUUCGACAAUCCAGUCUACUCCUAUCAGAGCAACCCUAGAAACGACGAUGGAACUGCAACGUUAUUGAACAAUGGAUUAAUCAGAAAUAAUCUUGGAAUGAAAAACAUUAAUAAUGAGAGAGCGAAAUUGGGAUCCGGUGGUUGUACGGAUGACGACGACGAGAGCUGCAGGGGUGCUUACGGUCUCCAAUACGAUCACGCUGCAUCGCUGAAAAACAAAGAUGCCGAUUUGGGCAAUCCGAACGUCAAUGUUUACAACAGCAUCGACGAGAUGGACACGAAAAAAGCCGAGCAUCUUUACGACGAGAUAAAGCAGAACAACGGGGAAAUGGAGUACGAUCAUUUGGACUACACGCGUCCAAUGAGCGCGUGGAAACCGCACUAUCAGAGAAUGGCGAACGGUUUUGGUCCUCGAGAUGGCAGUGGAACUAGCAAGUCGAGUCACCAAGAUCCUGAAAUCGGUGGUACAUAAUUGAAUUCGAAUGACAAAAAAAUCACCAAAAUCCAGGUCGAUUUCUGUUUUCCAUCGAAAAUUCUUUUUCACAUUGAACAACGAAUUAUUUAAUUUAAUGUUCGUUUCAUCGUUUCGAUAACUGCCGGGAAAGUAUAGGGAAUCUGAGAUGAUAUAAACCAACUGAAAGAAUUCGUAACAUCACAAUUUUUAGAGCUUCUAUAUGACAAAAUCAAUGUUCCCAAAAAAAAAAAACGAUCACAAAAUUUCCAUGCAAUUUAGCACUGAAUUUCGCGCAGUUGCAAAUUGUAAAUGAAAUUGUCAUGACAAUAAACAAGAUCUCAAACGCUAAAAAAGAUAAAAUAUUUUCACUAUUCAUUCGGUCGGUAAUUAAUGUGCAUAUGAAAAAAAAUGACUUUUUGGCUAUUAAUGAUCUUUAAGGCGUGAAGAAAUUGUGAUUUGCGAAUGUCACCGCCCAUACACCCCCAAAUAUUUAUAAUCCAUGAUAUCGAUCUCUUGUUUCACGUAUUUUUUCCCUGCUUCACUGUUUUUUUUUUCAAAUAUUCAAAAAAUACGCGUAUUCUCGUAUAUUUAAAAAAUAACCUUUCUAAGUGAGUCGAAAACGAGUAGUUUGUUGAGGAUUUCGAUAAAACUCAUAAUUGCGAGACUAUUGGAAAGAAAUCCCGAAGGAAAAAUGAACUCGUUGGAAGAAUUUCGUGUUCACGAUCGAAAGAAGAAAUAAUAAUAUUGUGAAGCCUGAUUUUUCAUGAUUGAGUUUUCAGACACGCCGAGAGCUUCGGAAUUUAUGGUUAAAAUAAUGCCUCAUAACAAUAUCGUUGUCUGAAAAUUUUAAUAAUUCUUGUACUGAAUAUUUCUUCGAAUUUCCACUUUCUGAGUUUUUCAUUCGAUCGACAUUUUUACCAUUGGGAUGAUCAUCUUAUGACCCGAUGCUCGUUAUAUUUUGUAAAUAUGUAGAAAGAAAGAGACUUGAUCGAAUGAACGUAGACAUAUCGCCUGUAAAUAACGAUCGAAUCGGAUAAAUCGUUAAGGUAGAGGACACGUUGAAAAAAAUAUUAGUGACUUUUGUGAAGAAAGUCAAACUGAAAUAUUUUUCUAUGAAUCAACUUCAGGCAUAUGAUCGAUGUCGCAUGCUCGAGAUGGUCGACAUUAUCACGAUUUAAGUUGGCUAAGCUUGGAGAGAUUGAACGAAAUAAAAUUUAUUCAGCGAUUUCAAGCUUGCUACGUGCAAUGAACAAAAUUCGGUGAAAUUUAGCCAAGUUUCUCGGAGUGAGUUUCGACGAUCUCGAAAAUCGUGCUCUAUAUAUAAAUAUAUACAUAGACGUAAAUUUUUUUAUUUCUUCGAUGAAAGCGUCAUAUGAAAAUUUAAUCAGCGUAUCUAUGUACCUAGAUAUUAAAUAAAUAUAGGAAUGUGUGUAUGAAAAUAAUCUCUGUGGAUGCACGAAGAAGUAAGAAUGAUCGAUGUGUGUGAAAAAUUGUUUUUUAUUAGCUAUUCUUCGAAAAUCAAUGACCGUCGGCACAACGGUAUUAUAAGGUCGCAUGUUUUUUGUUAUGAAUUUUAUGAUCCUUUUACUAUACCGUAUUUGGUGUUCGUAAUUAUUGCUCGAAUCAACGCCAUAGGAGAUGGAGACUCGGAGUCGAAUUUUGUGCAUUUGGCAUGAAAAGCGGUACGACGACUUCGGGCUUUUUCAUUAGUUUGCUGCCACAGAAAAAUUGGAUUUUUCAUUUUGAAUUAAGAAGCUCAAUGUAAUCCGUUCUUUGAAAAAACUAAAAAAAUUUGGCACUUGUAACAAAUAAUUACCAAAUUGAGAUACAGAAUUAUCGAAAAUUGUAAAAGGACACAAAAGUUUCUUUCCGUUGCACUUUUACCCUUAAUUUUUGUAUAUUCCAUGGCGAUCUAAGGUGAACCUUUUUGAUUGUGGUUUAUGUCAAGAAAAUAUGAAUGAAGCUAAGGGAAAUUUUAGUGGAUAGAGAAAAGGAGGAAUGUGAGAAUUUUCUCGAGUCGUGGAUCAAUUUUUUUUUGCGAAAGUAGAAAAGCUUUCCUCGUUUAUUGACCAAUAUGGAAAUCAUAAUCAAAGGUUUGUGGCGUAAUUCGAGUGGGUCUUGAAAUCAAUUGUAAAGACCGUUGUUAGCUGUGAUAAGAAAAAAACAAAUCAUUAUUGUUACACGUGAGUUUAACAUACGUCGAAGGAUGAACGUGCAGUAUAUAAAAUAUUAUUGCAAUAAAACAACAAAAAAAAAAGAAAUAUCUUAACAAUGUCAUCUUUAAGAUUUAAGUAGCACGAGAAUAAUUAUUGUUCAUGCAGAAUGAUAGAUGCAAGUGAAGCCGAAAAAGUAUAUCGAAGAAAAAAAAAUGAUAAGAAUUUGUAACGCAUAACGGGAGUUAAUAAAAUUAUAAUCGAGAAAAAAAAA